AUGUGGCUUGCACAUGCUGGGACUGGUAGGAGAGGAGAGGGGAAAUGGGAUAGGGGAUACAAGUACAACGACCCCCAAUUUCCUUGGGCAUUUAUCCUGAAUGCUCGAGGGCAGGGGAACCGUGAAGUCAUGUCUUCGUUAUCGCGGUACACACAUAACGACACGUAUUGUGUACGUCCGUCGGGUAUACCGUGUGUCUUCUUCAUCCUUCUUCAUCAAGAAGCGAUGCGUGGUGGUAACCGGUUACCCUCCACAUCGCAAGAGAGGACUCGAACGCUCCUCUCCGUGUGCUCAGUCGAGGUUGAGGGAACGAGCCUCCAAAAGGCGGAGGAUCUCCGAGUACCUGGCGUGGGUGGUUUGAGGCUCGUCGCGGGGAACGUUGGCACGCUCAAAACGAGCAACGCGGGAAACGGAUUCCUCAGCCCGUCGGACGACAGCGCUAGUUGCGCGUUGGAAGCGUUCGGCACGCGACACGGGGGCCUCGUCAGCAACGACGGUGACAUCCCGCUUGAGGCCUGGAGCGCGCUGGAAUCGGGCGGCGCGGUCGACGGUGACGGCUUCGGUGGCGGGCUCAACAUCCCGCGCGGCGAGGCUGACGCUGGCGCGGCGUUGGAAACGGGCUGCGCGGUCGACGAUGCCCUCCGAGCGGCGGGCGAGGACGACAGGGGUCGGUGCCCGCUGGAAGUGCACGGCGCGGCCCAUGAGGCGGCUUGGGGCACCGACGGUGGAGGGAAGGGGUGCGGCGCUGGCGGAGAGGAGGUAGAAGGAGAAGAAGGCGAGGAGGGUGAAGACGAAAGUGGGCUUGCAGAACAUGGUUGACGUGGUCGGGUAAGUAGUUGGAAGUAGAGAAUGGAUUGGCUGGGACUUGUUCGUUCCGUCAAAUAAUAAUGUAUGGUAGGGGAGCGGAGAGGCUGAUUUCUUGACUUUCAAAAAGAGUGACGACGUAGCAAAUGAACGGCAGAGGGUUUAAAAAAUAAAGGACUCGAAAGAGCGGCUUUACUUAAUAGAACCCAGGGAAAGAAGAAAGAGCCUGUUGACGGAAGAAGAAG